ACCUUGAAGAUUUGAUUUCACCACAGAUAAACGUGAGACUUAACUUCACUUAACUUCAGAAUCAGAAUUGUAAUUCUUUUUUUGUUUACAAUACAACCUGUAAGUGUAAAAUGCUUAUUCUACAAUGGGUUGUUUAUAAAAUCCAUUUAUACAUAACUGAAGUGACCGAACUUGUGUCAAUUGAGUGUGACUGCAAUGAACACUUACAAAGACUUACUACUAGCCUAGCCUACAGUACAGUACUACAACUUACACUUUACUCUUUUCUUUACACUUACUCAACUUACUGACUUACUGGUCAGAGUGAUCACUGAUACUGGCUGACCAAAUUUUACUUUACUAUUACUAAGUUAGUGUCUAAGGUACUACUUGUAUUGUCUAAGUCCUAUAACUUAUACUUACCAUACCAACGAAACUCAGAAUAAAUAAUAAAUGUAAGUAAGUUUUAGGUGGCCUAGGUUAAUUCAAGUGUCAUAGUCAUACUCACUGACAAAUGAGAGAUUUCACUCUCACUGACAAGUGAGUGACUUCACUCUCCUCAUUCAUUGAGGGUGAGACUGACUGAAGUAGACAUCAAUCAAAUCAAUCACUACUAAUACAUACAUAGUAGUAGUAGUAAUUUUUUUAUAACAGUAGAUGAUUAGUACAUGUUAUGUCAUUAACAAGACGACUAUUAAUAGUGUGGUGUGAGUGGUUUUUUUACUUAUUUUGAGCUUGCAAUGCUCUACUCUACCAACUCUACCUAAAAUAAAAACUGCUUAUAGUAUAAGUUAUACAGAUUUGAAUUAAAAGACUACACUAAGUCAGAAAAUGAGACAUGUCUUGUUCUUCUUAGGCCCUAUUUUAUUUGAUAUUUUCCCCAAAAACUCAUAGGCAUAUUAGGACUUACUUACUUUCAGUUUCAGUAAAUUAGGCUAUUUUUUACAUUCAUAAAAGUACAUUUAUUCAUGAAGCUUCAUGUUUAAAAAUCUACAUUAUUCGUGGACUACAUAAUUCAAGUGCAUUUCAUUGGCAACACAUCUGUCAUUACUGUUAUUUUAUUUGGAAAUAACUCAAGUCUAGAGAUCUAUUCACAUACCAUUAAAUGUCCUCCUGGUGCUUAUUUUUGGAAUAGGGCUUUCAUUUAGAGCAGCGGUUCUCAACCUGUGGGCCGUGACCCCUUUGGGGGUCGCCUCAGACUAUCGGAAAACACAUAUUUUUUGGUUUUGGGUCGCAACGCAAGGAACUGUGUUAAAAGGUCAUGGCAUUAAAAAGGUUGAGAACCACUGAUUUAGAACAUCCUAAAAAGAUAUGCAAGUGCUUAUUUUCUGAAUAGGUCUAAUUUUUUUAGAAACAUGUCAGUAGCCCACACCGUUACACCUCGGGUUAAUUAAGUUGAGGAUCCUGUGACUGAGUGAAUAUACCACUAAGAAUUCUGUAUAUUAUUUAUGCUAUUUACACUCAGUGAAACUUACUGCAGUUAACUAAAUACUGGGUGAAAUUGCACACAGAAUUAAAACAGAGAUUUUCCUUAAAAGUUAUUGAUGUUUUUUUGCUUGUAACAACCCCAGUGAGAAGUUACUGAGUAAUUUAUAAUUUAGUUUGAAAUUGAUGAAAUGUCUACUUUUAUAAAACAAAAAAGUAUAAAAUAAUGUAUCUGUUAUGUAUUUUCAGUCUAAAUUACAGAAUCAAAGGGAGACACGCAAAUUAAAAAAAAAAAAUAAUAAUAAAUCAUUGUCAUGUUAAGACGGAAGAAGUAUCAACAGCAUGGCGAUGAAAGUGGCCAGAAGUCACUCUCUCUGCCAAAAACUCCUUUACAGCCAUUAGGAGAAAAGUACAAAGAUGCUAGAGAAGCUCGUUUGGAGGAAGAAGUUCUUGGUGUUGCAGAGAAUGUUAUUGAGGCCCUGCCCACAGUGAGCACAAUAAUAAUUUUUUAAUGCAUUUGAAUAAUUUAUAUCUGUCUAAAUUAACAUAACAUUUAUCUAAAAUAGGAGUGACUUCUUUCCCUUUUGUAUAAUCCUUGAAGCUAAUUUGUUUUUUUACAUCAUCAUUUAGCCCAGUUUAAUUUUAAUUUAACUUUCUUUAUACUUUAAAAAGUUUUCUUAUUUUUAUGUUCUGUGAUGGAUUUUUGUUGUCUACCAAGUAUUUAAUUUAUACAAUUUUUAAUAAAAUUUAGUAUGAUACAACAGAAAGAAAAAGAAAAAAAAGAAAGCGACAUUCCAGCCAAGAACCAGAGAAGAAAUGGUCAGAUUCAGAUGAUGAAAAAGCUGCAGAGUAUGUGUAACUUUCAUAAAUGAUAAGCAAUUUUGAUAAAUAUGUUUUUAAGUGUGAAAUAAAAAAUUUUUUAAAGCUUUGCUCAUGGGCGGGUUAAAAUUUUGAAGUGUUUGAUUUACAGACGAUAAUUUUGAAAAGAAAGGGGAGCUGUUCUUUUUUUUUAAAGUACAUUUAAAUUUAAUGUAAUUUUGUUUUUAUUCUUAAAAUAAUUUAGAAAAAAAUUGUUUUGUUCUUCAAAAUAGUUCAACACACAAAUUGUGGUACCCGGUAUGAUUUUGGUGUCACUGGAUAGCCAAAGUGUCUACUUGUUGUCAAAAAUCCAUCCAUUUUUAAAUCUAUUAUGUAUUUACAGAUUUGAGAAAAUAACACCUUCCUGGGCUGCGAAAUUUGAUGAUGAAAAAUCUGAUGGUAUGUCAUAUCUCAAAAACAGUUAUUUCACUUCUGCAGACCAUUGAAAUUGAGAUAAAUAUUUUGGUUGGGGAGGGGGGCAGAACUAGAAACCAUUAUUUAUAUAGUGUUGCCUCUGCUAGUGUUAAAAUAUUGUAUAAAAUAUAAUUUCAGUUGUUGAUAUCAAAAUAUCCACAAACUGAUGAUUAAAAUCUUUUGAGACAUCAAUAUAUGAUUAAGAUAAAGUGAGAGAUAUUAGCAGGUAAUUUCUCCUGAACUGCACAAUUCUGUCACGGUUUGAGAACCUUUGUCCCAUGUUAUUUUUUACACAAAAAGUAUUGUGUCUUUUAUGUCACUACACAGUUAGAAUCUAAGACAUGCUUAGAUACUAUAUUUAGUCUAGUCAUCAGGCUGUUUGUCCUUACAUUCUUUAUCCUUUCAUUUGAUUCUCAGACAGUGAUGAGGAGAUGCUGAAAGCCCAAUGCCAUAUUAGUAUUGGAGCGUCAGUGAGCCUACCAUCCAGUGCACUUGAAUUCAAGAGAGUCACAGAUGGAAACAAAGAAGAUCCCAGCAAGGUCUGACUUAAGAGUUCUUCAAAUUAAAGUGCAAUUUUUUUGGUUGGUUUUUAAUCUUUGUGGGUAUUGCUUUGAUCUACCCAACAUCAGUUCUGAUUCUCAUCUUUUCUUUUACCAACAGGCCAGCCUGCGAAAUGUAGAGUUUCAUCCCAAAGCCACCGCAUUACUUACUGGUGGACCCGACAACACUGUUCGGUUAUUUGCUGUGAGUGAAACGUGCAGAUGUGCGAAAGACUUAGUCCUUGACCUCUGUGUUUAAUAAUAAUCUACCUUAAUGAAAGAAAUCUUGAUAUAAUUUUUUUUUAAAUGUUACACAUUGACUUUGGUACUUGGGCUCAGGGGUGCCACUUUUCCGGGUCAUCCCGGAAUUCCGGAUUCGUGAGGCUAAAUAUUUUUCAGUUCCGGAUUCGCGAGUUUUUAUAUUCUCUCUUUCCGGGUUCGCCAGUUCAAUUUAUUCAAAUACGGAUUCUGUCUGUUUUUUUUUUUUUUUAAAGAAUCAACGUGCAACAGAAUUCGCGAAAAACCAGGAAAAUUCCUUGAAAAUGGACGUUAAUCGCCGAUCUCGUCUAUUUUUAGCCUUUCUGUUGACAGAGAGCUAGUGGUUUCCCCUUGCGCAUGCGCUUUAUACUACACGUUUCGAGUACCGUACUACUUCGAUAGACCAGAAAUAUUUAUUUUCUGUUCACGUCGGCGAUCAAGAGAUAUUUGAAGUGUUUGGGUAAUCAAAGUGUAAAAUUUAGUAAAUAUCUUUUUAAUUUAGUUUUUAAUUGUUGGGUAACCAUUAUCAUAAAAAGAAAACUACUCGUCCGAGCGCUGUCUAACAAGACUAAGCUUAGCAUACUUUGUUAUGUAGCUUUACCGUAUGCAGGCGACUUGUAUUUUUUUUUAUUAGAAGAGCUAGGCGGCGUUUAACUUUUUUUAAAAGACUUCUUAAGUUCACUUUGUACUUAAUUACGGAGUAAGCCUUCUCAUUUUAAAUAGGCUAAUAUGAUUAAGUUAUUUUUAUCCGUUCUGUAGAGAGCCUGACAUAACUGUAUUUAUUAGUUAUGCACUCCCGUGUUCUGACUCUGGGUAUACUUUACGGUAAUUUGUAAUUCUACUAUUACUAGUAUUCAUAAUGCUCUGUAUUACCGUAGCAGUAGUGCCGUAGUUAAAUACUGGUAUAAUAUAGUCGAUAUUAUUAUUAUGUAUGCCUUACUAUAAACUAUAAAUCUAAUAAGAUAAUAUAUUUUAUUUUGUUUCACUAUUCAGGAUCUUGGCUCAAUAAAAAUAUGUAAUGCCCAACAGUUAACAGUUCCUUUAACUUUAAAGAACUGAUGGUCAUUACAGUUACAGUACAGUACAGCAAUUAGCAAUCAUGAUUGAAUAAGCCAUCAAUGAAUACUAUGCUGGAAAUAUUGAUAUCAUGUAUUCAAGGGGAAAAUGUCUGAGUCAAUCAUCUUUAUCACCCAUCUUAGGUGUCCACUUUUGUAACUUCUCAAUUUAUGAAAUUUAUGUGUCAAACUAUGAAACUCUCACACUUGGGAGAUAGUAUAGACACUAAAGUGUGUUGAUUCAAACUAUCCAUUUUCAUCAUAAAGAAGACAACAUUAACUCCAUAUAUGAAAAGAUACUUUCCACUUGUGGUAGCUAUACUUUUGUUCUAAAAUGCCCAGAUAACUCAUUGCAAAAGUUGACUUUUCAAGUCUAAGUAAAUUGAAAAAUUGCUAUUGCUGUAAAUUUAAUAAAUACUAAUAAAUGUUUACAUGUAUACACCUUAAUUGCUUAAUUUUGUUCAUUUGUGAUGUAUCUCAAUGUUUUAUUUGAUAAUUUCAUGCUUGUUUUUAUAUUAAUCAACAAAAUGCCGCAUUGCGAUAAUCAGGAAUUUUGAGUUUCAUUAAGUUUCAGGGAUUGAAAAAUUUGUAAAUGAAGUUUCAGGUUUCAAGAAAUUUUUAGAAAGGGAUUUCAGGGUUCACAGCUUUCAGUGAGUGGCACCCCUGCUUGGGCUGAUAUAGUUUCCUGGCCAUAAAGUCAAUAGAAAGUGUACAUCAGUGAUCAAACACUAAAAUUGGUGAAGGUCUUUGCACACAUACAAAUUAUAUCCUGAAGAUAAUUUUUACCCUUGUCAACCAUUAAGUUAAAAAUUAAACGGUCAUUUCCUGGCCGUGGAAAAGGUUUAUGAUGGGAUAUUAUGGACAUAUAACGUGAUAAUUAACGUGUUAAAAGGCAUUGUUUAUGAAGUCUAUGACUUUUCUCAAUUCGAAGAUUAGAUAAGAGCGGCCAUGAUUCUUAUUGAACUAAUUUCAAGCUAUGGUUUAAAAACAUCAUUCUUUUUUAGUUUAAAAUGUAGAUCAGGGGUUCCCAGGCUGUGGUACGGAUACCCCAGGAAUAAUAAGUGGACCUUUGAGGGAAGCAAAAAUUAUUCAUUAUGGUGGGAAAACUGCAAAAUAGGGUAUUAUACACCUGUUCCUUUACGAGAAGCUAUAUUUUAAUAUUAAGCGGUGUAUUAUCAACAAAUUUUAUGCUCACUGAAAUAUUUGCACACAAAAAAAAGGGAAGGUUUACAACAACGUAAUGUAUAACCCCUUGUCAUGCUGCAUAGCUGCAAUAGUAAUUUCGGCGUUUUGAAAUUACGAUAAUUUUUUUUUUUUUGUGAAAACUUGUACAGACCUGAUUUUUCGUAACAUCUCUACAUUAUACAUUUUUGUGUUAAAAUAGGGUGUCCGAAUUUCAGAAAAAUAAUCUUUACUCAUAUCUGAGAUAUGGGGUCUAAUUGUUUUUACACCUAAAACAGGUGGCAACCGUGCAAUUGUACAUUUGUAUAUUUUAUAUGAAAAUAUACUGUGUAGAUAGACAGCACAUUAAUUAGUUCAAUUUUUGUGUAAAAAAAAAAAAAAAGUUCAGUAGAGCAUUGAUUUCCAAAAGCUUAUCAUCCAACACUUCAGUUAUUGGAAUGGCUCCUUUUUUAUUAUUAUUUUUAUUUUUUUCGCAAUGCGCAUGGCAAGCAACGUGUGCAUUCAAACACCAUAAAACUGCACAAUGCAUGCAACAUAUAGAUACCAGAAGUGACCAAACUGACAUAAUGCAAUCUGCAAACUUGUUAAUCCAUAUAAAUUGCAGAAUGGACGCCUACGAAGACCGGGUAACUUCUUUUCGCAGGGAAAAAAAAAUGUCAAGUCCGUAACUUUUUUUUUUCUUUUACAUCAAUCCACUGAUCCAGUGAGAUCGUACAAUACCUGUCGAAAAUAAAAUUUUUACAUCAAUCCACUGAUCCAGUGAGAUCGUACAAUACCUGUCGAAAAUAAAAUUUUUACAUCAAUCCACUGAUCCAGUGAGAUCGUACAAUACCUGUCGAAAAUAAAAUUUUUACAUCAAUCCACUGAUCCAGUGAGAUCGUACAAUACCUGUCGAAAAUAAAAUUUUUACAUCAAUCCACUGAUCCAGUGAGAUCGUACAAUACCUGUCGAAAAUAAAAUUUUUACAUCAAUCCACUGAUCCAGUGAGAUCGUACAAUACCUGUCGAAAAUAAAAUUUUUACAUCAAUCCACUGAUCCAGUGAGAUCGUACAAUACCUGUCGAAAUAAAAUUUUUACAUCAAUCCACUGAUCCAGUGAGAUCGUACAAUACCUGUCGAAAUAAAAUUUUUACAUCAAUCCACUGAUCCAGUGAGAUCGUACAAUACCUGUCGAAAUAAAAUUUUUACAUCAAUCCACUGAUCCACUGAGAUCGUACAAUACCUGUCGAAAUAAAAUUUUUACAUCAAUCCACUGAUCCACUGAGAUCGUACAAUACCUGUCGAAAUAAAAUUUUUACAUCAAUCCACUGAUCCACUGAGAUCGUACAAUACCUGUCGAAAUAAAAUUUUUACAUCAAUCCACUGAUCCAGUGAGAUCGUACAAUACCUGUCGAAAUAAAAUUUUUACAUCAAUCCACUGAUCCAGUGAGAUCGUACAAUACCUGUCGAAAAUAAAAUUUUUACAUCAAUCCACUGAUCCAGUGAGAUCGUACAAUACCUGUCGAAAAUAAAAUGUAAGAGUAUGUUGUGUGCACUAAGUUCAUUAAUGCAACCUUUCUAUUGGAAUGUUUGGUUAUUAGAAAAAAUAUCAGAAACAACCCCGGCCCCAAUUAGUUUGAAAAUCAAUGCUCUAUGCUGCAUGUGCCCUUAGUCUAAGGGGCACACAACCCCUGGGGUGCGGGAGGCAUUGUUCAAGAACGCAGAAAUACCCAGAAAGUCGUUUUUAUUUGCAUUUUAUUAGAAUUGUUUUUGUCAGGGGAGCUUGGGAAAUAAAUUUUAAAAUAGAGAUAGGGAUGCCAUAAAUGUGUUUGGAAAUCAAGAGUGGGGUGGCACUGCGAAAAGUUUAUAAAGGUACCAGCAAAAUAAUAAUAAAUUCUUUUAAGCUAUGUAUCUUAGCAUGAACUUAUUGUCCUGCAAACUCUUAUCUAUUUUUGUAUUAAGAUAUUUAUGGGUAUGUUUGUAUAAAAUAAUUAAUUGCCAAUUUGUAUUUACAUUGAGCAAAGGAGGGCAGGGCUCGUGAGCUGUAGCAAUGCCAUGGAAACAACUUUCAUGUAAUAUUUUUUUGCUGGAAAAUAAAUUUUAAAAAAUGGGGGGGGGGGGGGAUCAGAUCUUCAUUGGGUUCCCAAAUUUUUUGGUUUGCAUCAUUUAUUGAUGAAAUAAAACACAACAUCAUGCUCAACAACAGAUACAUCGAUGGUCUGCUGUACUAUUUUACAAAACUAAACAUAACUAAUGUGUAGAUGCUGAAUAACUUACAGAAGGUAUACUUACACUGAGAAUUUUCAUACCAAAAUAUAUGAAGGUGCAAUUGUACCAAUUUCGCCUGUUAGGGUUACAAAACUAACAGCCUGAAAAGGGUCAAAUGUCGCCUGUUACAGUUAUAAAACUAACAGCCUGACAAUAGUCAAAAGUUAAUGUGGACCACAUUUUUAAUAUAAUUUUUUUUAUUUGUAAAAUAGCUAAAAUAACUUGUAAAAAAGUCUGUCGGUGUCAGUAGCUUGAUCUGCUGCAUUUGAUUACUUAGCUAUUCAAACUUUUUUUUUAAUUUUAAGGGAUGAUUGGGGUGGGGUGAGAUUUGGUUCUAAUAAAUUAAAUAGUCUUUUCCAGGGGUGUGGGAGAAGAGAAACAAAUUUUAGAAACCCUGAUCUCAAUGAUGGCAUUUAGCGUUGAAACCCUGAUCUAAAUGAUAGCAUUUAGCAUUGAAACCCUGAUCUAAAUGAUAGCAUUUAGCGUUGAAGCGAUUUUUUUUUUUUUAGGCUUACUAUUUAGAGUACAAAAUGGACUUAAAUUUAUCAUUUCAUGGUUUCUUUUUCUUUGUUUUACAUUUAAAACGCUUUGAUAGGAUAACUGUUAUUUUGUUUUAAAUAGUUUUCCAAUGAACACACAGGUUGACGGCAGCAAGAACAGAAAAAUCCACAGCAUGUUCAUGGAGAACACACCGGUGUUUUGUACGCACUUCAGCAGGGGGGGUACUGAGAUUCUCAUUGGGUCCAAAGGCAAAACUUUCUACAUCUAUGACAUGGAAGGGAGUAAAGGAAUCACUUACAGGCCUAAGAUUAAAGGUUGGAACUCAACGUCACAUUCUUUUUUUGUGUGUUCUUCACACUUUGUUGCUCAGCUUCAUUUCUGAUACAUACCUUAUUCUCUUCAGACCCCCCCCCCCAACCCGCAAUAUUAACAAAUAAAACCAUGUUUUUAAAAAAUCAAAAAAAAAAAAAUUUUUUUGUGUGUUCUUCACACUUUGUUGCUCAGCUUCAUUUUUGAUACAUACCUUAUUCUCUUCAGACCCCCCCCCCCAACCAGCAAUAUUAACAAAUAAAACCAUGCUUUUAAAAAAUCAAAAAAAAAAAAAUCACUUUCAUUAUUUGUUCUGUGAUUAUUUUAUUUCUUACCUAACUAGUCGUUUUUUUUUUAUUGAAUAUUUCAGUAAUGUUGUUUUUAAAAUGUUGUUUCAGGUCUGGACAUUUUACAAAUGUCCAAGUUUGUUGUGUCACCUGAUGACAGAUUUAUUGCAUUUCUUGGCAGAUUUGGAUACAUUCACCUCUUCUCUCAGACUGUGAGUCACUCAGACACGUGGGGGGGAGUCGUUGGACAUUUAAAAAAUACAAAAAACAUGUUGACUAGCUUUGAAAUUGCAAACGUAGAUUGUAGAUAAGUUUACAGAAUAAUUUUUUCAUACACUAGUUUAUACAGUUUAAAUAGAACUUGAUGCAAAUUGUUUAUCUACUUAGAGUGAGAAAUGUUUUUCCCUAUUAAAUUGUGAAAUAUUAAGCUUUUCCAUAAAAUUUUAAGUAGAAUCCAACUUGUUGAGAGGUUUUACUUCACGGCAUUAGUGGAACAAGAUAUGUUUAGUUUUGAAAUGAGAAGACAAGAUUUCAUUACGGCUUUGAAAUGCAGUCUCUCUUAUAUUUUCCUUCAUGGACUACAAUUUGUUUAAUAAUGGCGGUCAUGAUGAGACCACUAAUUCAAAUUAAACUGUAAUUUUCCCCCUCAGAGCAAGGAGCUGAUUGAUUCUGUGAAGAUGAAUGGUGAUGUCAUCAGCGUGUGCUUCUCUAAAGAUGGGAAAUACAUGUAUUCCUUUGGCAGUAAGUUUACCCCAUGGCGUCCUUAUUUCUCCAAGCACACAGUAAACUUUAUUAUAUAUAUGUAUUCUUUUGGCAGUAAGUUUACCCCAUGGCGUCCUUAUUUCUCCAAGCACACAGUAAACUUUAUUAUAUAUAUGUAUUCUUUUAGCAGUAAGUUUACCCCUUGGCAUCCUUAUUUCUCCAAACACACAGUAAACUUUAUAAUAGAUUUUGUUGUGAUUUAAACAAGAGAACUACCGGUGGGACAUUUUCUACCAGGUGCCCAUUUUGCUGGUUUUAUCCAGGCUCAAAGGAUGUCAGAUUUACAUUAAACCUUAACCCAACAAUUGUUUAAGACAGUGGUCGGUAAACUCAUUAGGCGAUUUGCCGACAUCGGGUUUAAGACAUAGUGUGUCCCAUUUGGCAAAAGUGUGCUGGACAAAGUUUAUCUCUCUGAAAGAAACAUGGAGUUUAGGAUCCUGGUUUAGGCUAAAAAAAAAAUUUAAAUAUUCUCCUUACAAACAGAUUUGUUACAUUAAAAAAAAAAAUUAUAUUACGCGGUAUAUAUAUAGAGAGAGAGAAAGAUACAAGCCACUCUUGAACAGAAAUUAUCAUGAGCUGCAAUAUUAAACCUUUGUGCAUCUAAAAAGUUUGUGUUCCAAAAAAAUAAUUAAUUUUCAUAUAACUUGAUUUCCCUAGAUUUUGUUGUACUAACAAAAAAAUAAUUAAUUUUCAUAUAACUUGAUUUCCCUAGAUUUUGUUGUACUAACAAAAAAAUAAUUAAUUUUCAUAUAACUUGAUUUCCCUAGAUUUUGUUGUACUAACAAAAAAAUAAUUAAUUUUCAUAUAACUUGAUUUCCCUAGAUUUUGUUGUACUAAAAAAAAAAUAAUUAAUUUUCAUAUAACUUGAUUUCCCUAAAUUUUGUUGUACUAACAAAAAAAUGACCAUUUGUAAAAAAAAAAAAAAAAAAAAUUAAUAAUAAAUAAAACAUUUGUCACUUUUCUAUGCACAGCUGAUGGGGAGGUGUAUGUUUGGGAUAUGGACACAAGGGACUGUAUCCACCACUUCAGUGAUGAGGGCUGUUUGAAAGGUGUAACUGUUGCUGCCUCCCCUGACAACAAUUACCUUGUUUGUGGGUAGGUCACAUUAUAUGUGUUGAGUUAAAAGUGCCUUUAUGGUCAGGUGUUUAAUCAAUGAUUUAAAGUGAAUAUGAUAAUUAAAAGGUGGCUCGCAGUCAGACAUGAGAAUUUAAUUUCCCUAGACUUUUCAAAUGUGCUCUCAAACAUGUUUAGUCACCGACUAAUAAUCCUGUCAAUAAAACUGAUUUCAAGUGUCCAUUGUUUCCCCUGCUUCCUUAACAGCCUGGUUGGUCAUCUUGCAAGGGGGGACAAACAAAAAAAUUACUCUCAACUUACCAUGCUGGUUAAGUAGAUGUCCCUGAAGUUAAACAUCUACGUUUCCUGUCUUUGAAUAUGGUUGUCAACAUCCAGUGCUACGACUUCUGUGCCUCCCACCUCUAUAAACUUAAAACUUGGUUGAUUUAACCCCGGCAUUUCAGAUACAUUUUUCACUAAGUAGCUGCUCUGUACCUGUCACUGACUAGUUGCUCCCUACCUGUCACUGACUAGUUGCUCCCUACCUGUCACUGACUAGUUGCUCCCUACCUGUCACUGACUAGUUGCUCCCUACCUGUCACUGAACAGUUGCUCUCUAGUAUGUGACUGUAUGUGUGUAUAGUUUGGCACACAUAAGAUGGUCAUUACACUGACUUGACUGACCAGCUUUAUGUGUCUGAGUGGUAUGCCACCAAAGAACGACCAACCUCAUUGUAGCCAUGUUUCAAUUUCAGCUCCGCCAGUGGCAUCGUCAGCGUCUAUGACAGGGAGGCGGCCAUGGCGUCUAGACACCCCAAACCACUGAAACUCAUCAAAAACCUGACCACAAAAUGCAGCGGCGCCCUCUUCAAUGCCCAGUCGGAGAUAUUGGCGCUCAGGAGUAAGGAUGUGGAGAAGGGAAUACGACUGGUGAGUUGUGACAGAGUUAAUGCUCUUGUUUUCUUUGUAAAAGCAUGCAACUAUUUGGUAAAUCCUACUUCCGGCAACAAAAAGUAAACGUUUUUUUUUACUGUGAUCUGAUACUCGUUAGACUUAUUUUUGCCGGUGUUUGAUGAAGAGGGCUCUGAGCCGAAACGUCCAAAUCUUUUGUCCUGUCUAUGAAUUCAAGUUUUGCAUGCCUUGUUCUUAUUAUUUCAUCAGCCUACAUGACCUCAGUCCGACAUGACCCCUGCCCCCAGCCUACAGGGUCCCCACCCCAAUGGCCCCCACCCACCCCCACGUGACCCACACCCCUGCAUGACAUGACGGUCAGCACAAAAGGUGCUCCCUCUCUUAUUGAUUCCGCUCUCCCGUUCUCUCCAGGUGCAUUUCCCCUCAAUGACCGUGCUGCCCAACUUCCCUGAACAGCAUGACCACGACAUGAAGAACCUGCUGAGCAUGGACUUUUCACCCUCUAGUGGAUACCUGGCCCUCGGGAACAAUAAAGGGAGAUGUCUGCUGUAUAGGUGAGUUUUAAAGGCACAAUCAUUAGGACACUGUAUUGUUACGUUACGUAAACAGUGCAAACUCUUAAAGUUUAAAAAUGGAGGGGGGGGGAGGGGGCUAUUUUGAAGAUGGAACAAACUGAAAGAUUUCAUGACUUCUUCAGCAGAGAAAUAAAAAGAAGAACUUCCUCGAGCACAAGAUCCAGUCAUCCCAUGUCAUCAGUUUUUUUUUCUGAAUUAUAUGUUAUCUGCCGACCUAUGCAAGAACGAGGGGAAUAAUUCAUCUAAUGGUCGGAGAAACACCAGAGUAAUUUGUGACAGUUUAGGGGGGAGAUGAAUUUUCUAAAUCUGUCGCUCCUGACUUUUGAGGAAAAGAAUCUCACCGGCCCUGUUCUUAGGUAGCUUGGUGUAAUCUGAGCAGUGUCCCUCAAAUGUGUUGAUAUUUUUGCAUUGGUGCCGACCACGUCUUCUUAAAGUGUUUCAUCCAGUCCUGUUUAAGUAUGACAGUAACUUUCCAAGGACUAGGAAAUCCUGUUACAGGAUUCAUAUAGAAAAAUGGGAUGUGGGAAUACAUUAUGACAUCAUUGGGCUGUAAAGGAAACAGCAGCAACCUGAAGAGUGGUGUCUCAGCUUUACACAUUAAUGGAUGUCAAGAGCUGAACGCCCCACAUCGCCUGGUCAGAAUUUGUCUUCACCAGUGAUUCUUAAUUUAAGCCACACGGAGCCAUUGAAAUGUCUGAAAUUUUGUGUUAAAAUUGGGGGGGUGGGGGGGGGUUGAUUGACUGUUAUAUUUUUAGAAAUACUCUCACAUAUUUGUACACCUGAUGGCUAAUUCCCAAUGCUCUGCAUGAUAAUUUAAGCCACACGGAGCCAUUGAAAUGUCUGAAAUUUUGUGUUAAAAUUGGGGGGGGGGGGGGUUGAUUGACUGUUAUAUUUUUAGAAAUACUCUCAAAUAUUUGUACACCUGAUGGCUAAUUCCCCAUGCUCUGCAUGACAGUUACCAAACUAUGUGAAAAUCACAGAGAAGUUUGCAUGUUUAAAGUGUAGAAAAAUUCAUUGACAUACGUCAUAUUCUUUUCUCUCGCAGGCUGCAGCAUUAUACCAAGUAUUAAAUGUUUUGACAGUGGACUUUGGGGGCAUUCAACGCAUACAAAAGGGCGAUUCCAGGAUCUGUAAAUAAAAGGACUGAACUAUUUAUGAGGUG